GUCAGAAAUAGCUAAGUAUGAAGGAAAGAGAUUGUUUGGGGUCAAGGGAGAGAAGAAGAGUUUGCUUUUAGGCAAUUUAAGUUUGAAGUUAUGGACAUUCAGGAUAGAGUGAAAAUGCCUCGUGUGAAAACAUCACAAUCUGCAAAAAAAGGUCCAGCACGGAGAAGGCUAGCAGAACAGUUUUCAGUAGGGGAAGUUUUAAUUGACCUGACCAAAAAGGAAUGGAAAGUAGGACAACCCAUUGGCCAAGGUGGUUUUGGAUGCAUAUAUCUUGCUGAUACUAAUUCUUCAAAGUCGGUUGGCAGAGAUGCCCCUUGUGUUAUAAAAGUGGAACCAAGUGACAAUGGACCACUUUUUACGGAAUUAAAGUUCUACCAGAGAGCUGCUAAACCAGAGCUAAUUCAAAAAUGGAUUCGUUCCCAUAAACUGAAGUACCUGGGUGUUCCUAAGUAUUGGGGUUCUGGACUACAUGAUAAAAAUGGAAACAGUUAUAGGUUUAUGGUAAUGGAUCGCUUUGGGAGUGAUCUUCAGAAGUUAUAUGAAGCUAAUGCUAAAAGAUUUUCACGGAAAACUGUCUUGCAGCUAAGCUUAAGAAUACUGGAUAUUCUGGAAUAUAUCCAUGAACAUGAAUAUGUACAUGGAGAUAUCAAAGCCUCAAAUCUUCUUCUGAACUACAAGAAUCCUGACCAGGUAUAUUUAGUAGAUUAUGGCCUGGCUUACCGAUAUUGUCCGGAAGGAGUUCAUAAAGAAUAUAAAGAAGACCCUAAAAGGUGUCAUGAUGGGACCAUUGAGUAUACAAGUAUUGAUGCACAUAAGGGUGUGGCUCCAUCAAGACGGGGUGACUUGGAAAUACUAGGUUACUGCAUGAUCCAGUGGCUCAGUGGCCAUCUCCCUUGGGAGGACAAUUUGAAAGAUCCUAAUUACGUCAGAGAUUCCAAAAUUAGCUACCGAGAAAAUAUUGCAAGUUUGAUGGACACAUGUUUUCCUGAGAAAAAUAAACCAGAUGAAAUUGCUAAAUAUAUGGAAGAAGUGAAAGUAUUGGGCUACACAGAAAAACCUCAUUAUCAGAAUUUACGAGAAAUUCUUUUGCAAGGGCUAAAGGCUACAGGAAGUAAGGAUGAUGGUAAACUGGACUUGCGUAUCUUGGAAAAUGGAGAUGUGCCAACAAAAAUAGGACCAAAGAAGCGAAAGAAAGAGAUAGAAGAAAGUGUGGCAUCGAGUGCUGAAGAUAUGGAAAUUUCGUACCAAAAUAUAUUGGAGGGACGUCAAACUCGUUCAAGAACCAGAAGGAGAGUCUUGAAGUAAAAUGAAUACAAUAAGCCUAUAUGUGGAAUUUGCUUCAUUUCUCCUUUUUUUCAGUAAUGAUUCUUUUCUCCCUUCCUGUGUUGUGUUUAAUUUUCAUGUGAAUCUUGUGAGGAAAGGUGGUGGAAAUAUUUUUAAAUCCUUGUGUCUUUGAAGAGUGUUUAAAGAUUUUUAUUAAAAUAAAUACUUCAUAUAUUUGUUAUGCUUUAAAGUCCAAUUUAUGAAAUGUUCAAAUCAUAUUUUCAUCAUUUAAUGCAUUUUGUGACAUCCUGAAAAUGUUUAAAUUUCUGAAGUAAAUGUUAGCAGGUGUUACUUUAAAAAAAGCUUUCUAAGCAAUUGAUGCUUUGGAGGUUAUACAAGGAAAAAUUCUCAAUAUACUUAGAUAUAUUGGAGAGAAAGUAAUGUAUUUCAUAUGCACUUAACUUUAUUUUGAUCCAGUAUAGGUUCCUCCACCCCCACCCCCACCCCAUGCUAGAAUUAGUUAUCUGUGGAAUUUUAAAAAAGAGUUUUUCUCCCAAGUAAAGAAUUCUUGGGCUUUUGAAACAUGUAUUUUUUUUUUAACCUUGAAGUUUAUUGUAAAUUUGUACUUUUGAAAUUUAGUAAUUAGUGGAUAGGUAUUUUUUUGAGAGCUUAUGAUUGUUGUUUUAAUAGUUUUUACCUUUAAUAUUAUCUUAUAUGAUGAUACAUAGGCCUCUAGGAAUUAGACAGUGUACCCAAUUUAGUUCAUUUAUCAUCACAGUAUAUCCUGGUUGAAAGGAGGUAGAGGCAGCUACUCUUCCAGAUUUCAUAAAAGAGAAACUGAUACACUGCAGUGUUAAAUGAGUUGUCUAUGGCCAAUGGCAAAAGGAAACCUGUCUCCUUAAUCCUACCAUUCUAGUUUAGUUCACAAUUAAAAGUGCAUUUCUUUUCUUCCAAGCAAUACCACCUUGCCUCAGAUAUCAGCCUGUCAGUCAACCAAGAAAAUAGAAGAUACAAAUAAAUAUAAAAAAAGGUUUCUUGCAUUUGAGGAAAAACAGGUGACUCUAAACAUUAUUUGAUUCAUAUAUCAAUUUAUUGUUAUAUCAGUAAAUAUUCAGUAAGCAUUGAUACAUUUCAGUUCAUUGAUACAAUUCAGUUCAGUUAAGCCAUUUGUUAAGCACUCAAUAUGCAUACAACACUAUGCUAGGUGAUGGCACUAUGGAAGAUAGAAGAAAGCUCUGAUGGCAAGAGUUCUUGUCUUUGAGAAGCAUAUAGUGUACUUAGGGAGAUAAGGCAGGCAACGAGGUGGUGCCGUAGAUAGAGAACUGGACCUGAAAUCAGGAAGACCUAAGUUCAAAUCGAGCCUUAGCCUUUUAUUAGUGUCUUUUUAGUAGGUGAUAUCAUCACCUACUUCCCAGAGUAGUUGUGAGGGAUCAAAAAAGAUGUUUGUAAAAUGCUGUCUAAAUACUAGCUGUUAUUACUAAUAUACAUAAUGGAAGUUAAAUAACAGUAUAAGAAAAGUUAUAAAAGACUUAUGAUUAAUUAUUAAAUGAGUAGUAUAGGACAUAAAUGCUAUGGAAAUAGUUCAGUGGAGCGAACUCAUUGUGAGGGUAGGGUGAUCUGAAGCUUUAUUAAAAUGUAUUUCUCCUUUGAUGAGAUAGUUUGUAAAUAGAUAUACCCUUCUAAGCCAUCUGUAUGAGAUUAUUUGCCUUUCUUAUUUUAGUGCUCAUAUUAUAUACAACUACACAGCUUUAUUUUUAAUGAUUCAGAAUUAAACAGUAUUGAAUAUA